AUGAUUAUCUGUUUUGUGGUUUUUGACCGUCAAUGGGUGUCAAAGGUCAUUGGCUACACAGAACAGUGGGAUAACAAUGGAUGGUCAGCAGCUCAAGUUAUAGGAGCGCCUGAUGUGUAUCCACGAUAUGGUGACAUAGAAGGAGCUUGGUGCAUGAAAACUGCAGCUUCUGAUCAUUAUAUAACGAUUCAAUAUUCGAAGAAAAUAUAUAUUCAGAGUAUUAAUAUCUAUGAGACAUAUAAUGGGGGAUCGAUUUGGAGAAUAAGUUUUAAAGCCCCAAAUGGGAGUUGGCAGACUGUAUGGGAAGUUGACGGAUCUACUUUACCCACUGUGAGAAGUAGUAGGAUUUUUUCUCCUCCAAUUCAGACUGUUACCUUUCCUGCAAAUGAAGUUCACAUCGAGAUCGAUACAACAAAUACAGACGUUGAUUAUGAAAUUGAUGCAAUUGAAAUAACAGGACAAUGCUGA